AUGGAGCAGCCGCUUCAACCGCAGCCGGACGCUGCGGCAAACACGGCUCGGGGUUUGGAGGACUCCCGCCUGGUGGGAGCCACUGUCGUGCCUGCUGGCUAUGCUGAUGUGGCCGAAAAAGAUGUUAAUAGUAGCGUGUCGAAUUCGGAGGUUACGGUCGUCGAAGGCGCCGUUUUGAAACGGAACGUGGUCGUCCGAGACGAGGAGGAUGUUUGCUUCAUUUGCUUCGACGGUGGGAGCCUCGUUCUCUGUGAUCGGAGGGGUUGUCCUAAAGCGUAUCAUCCCACGUGUAUUAAGCGAGACGAAGCGUUUUUUCGAUCAAAGGCUAAAUGGAAUUGCGGUUGGCAUAUAUGUAGCGCCUGUGAAAAGGCUUCGCAUUAUAUGUGCUAUACUUGCACGUACUCUUUGUGCAAGGGGUGCACAAAAGACGCUGAUUUUGUUUGUGUCCGAGAGAAUAAAGGUUUAUGCGGAAUAUGCAUGAGGACAUAUGGAUUCGAUGACAAAAGCAGCUGGAAAUCUUUCAAGGUUAUUGGAUGUAUUUUGAAAGGGAACUUAUCUUUAACAUUUGAUGAGCUCCUACGGGCUAAAAACCCUUGGAAAGCUGUUGCUCCUAUGAGUUAUAAGGUUCAAAGUCCCCAUGAACUUUAUCAUCUUAGAGAUGACAAAGGUUCUGGUUCCGAGAACUCCUGUAUAGACAUAGAAUCAAAUAAUUUGAAGAACAAAAGACCCAAGAGACAGCCAAAACUUCUUGGCAAGGGUGAUUGCCUGGACAGGAUGGGUUCAGGUGGUGACAGAGUUAUGUCUUUGCCUGAAUGCACAAAAUGGGCAUCGAAGGAGCUACUAGAGUUUGUUUCACAUAUGAAAAAUGGUGAUACAUCUCUCCUGUCUCAAUUUGAUGUCCAAACUCUCUUGCUGGAGUAUGUGAAGAAAAAUAAUCUUCGUGAUCCUCAACAGAUGUCUGAAAUUGUUUGUGAUUCUAGACUACUAAAUUUGUUUGGAAAAUCACGAGUCAGCCAAAUUGAAAUGGUAAAGCUCCUUGAAUCCCAUUUUCUUUUAAAACACAACGGACCAGCAGAAAAUACUUUUGGAGCAGGAAUUAUUAAUGCUGUUGCUAGUGAAGGGGAGGCCAUUGACACUCAUAGUAAACAGUUGAUGUUAGUUAAUGACAAGAUAUGUAAAACACAUAAAAAUGCCGAUGUUCUAGUUCCGCAAAAUAAACCCAAUGAAUGCUGCAUAGAUGUUCACAAUCUUAACUUGAUCUACUUGCGGCGAUGUCUGAUGGAGAAUCUGACUGAAGAUAUUGAAAAGAUUCACGAGAAGGUUGUUGGUUCAUUUGUGCGGAUAAGAAUCUCGAGCAGUGCAAAAAAAGAUAUGUAUAGACUUGUCCAAGUUGUAGGUACAAGCAAGGUUGCUGAAUCAUACAAAACUGGGACAAGAACAACUGAUUUUAAGCUUGAAAUUUUAAACUUAAACAGGAAGGAGGUCAUACCCAUUGCUGAAAUUUCUAAUCAGGAGUUCUCUGAGGUGAAAAUAGAUAUUAUUUUAAAUCAUAUUACCUUCAAAAAAUCUCUAGAAUGUGUAGAAGAGUUAAGUUUUUAUUCUAUGCAAAGUUUGCUGAUGUUGCUGGAAGCUGAGAUUUUGCGGCUUAAUCAUCUUCGUGAUAGAGCAAGUGAAAAGGGGCAUAGAAAAGAGGUUAAAGAAUAUGAGGAGAAGUUGCAGCUACUGAACUCUCCAGAGGAGCGGCAACGCAGGCUGCAAGAAAUUCCAGAUGUACACUCUGACCCCAAUUUAGAUUCAAUGUUUGAGUCUGAUGAAGAUGAUGGAGAGUCAGAUGAAAGGAAGCAAGAUACCAAUAUAUUUUCAAAAUAUCUUGGGUUUGAUAGAAGAGAGAGGGGCUCUUUUUUUCCAAGAAUUUCGAACAAUGUCUUCAAUGAUGCGGGAGGCAAAACACAAGACUUGCCUGUUACCCGAGAACAUGUUGGGAAUAUAUGUACAGUAAAGAACUGUGACACAGCUAUCGAGGAUAGCACUAAUACGGUUGUGAAAUCAGAAGUGUCUAGUGUUGCAGUGGACAUUUCACCAUCACUUAUCCCAGUGGAGAUACAGCAGCCACUUAAUGAAUUUUUGAAUGAUAGAUCAUGGAAUUAUCAAGAUCCAACUGGGAAGGUUCAAGGGCCUUUUUCUAUGUUGCAGCUGUACAAAUGGAAUGUAAGUGGAGGUUUCCCUCCAGAUCUCAAAAUAUGGAGGAUAGGUGAGAAACAGGAUAACUCUAUACUGUUAACGGAUGCACUAAGUGGGAAGUGUUCCAAAAAUGUGUCAUUGCCAUUCAACAACCCAUUGCUCUCUCUUGGGGUCAGUACAUUGGAUAAUAAACAUAAUGUUCAGGAUGCUGGGAAGAAUGUAGUGAAGAAUGGAAUUUCUGCCGAUGGGCAAAUUAUUGAACAGAUCAAGGAAAAAAUAGUGGAUGAUACCUCUACCCAGUCUGAUGGUAAAGCUGAGCCUGUCAGGAGCAAUGGAUGGCUUGGGCCGCUGCAUUUAUACCCUUCACCAUUGACAACUGCCAUUACUGAGAAAAUGAAUGAAACGUCUGAUAAAUUAAGGAAAGAUCAUGGGAUUGUGCGAAACUCUCAAGAUAAUGGAAAUAAUGGCUCAAACAGAACAGUUGAUGGGCAGAGUAAUAGUGGGCAAAGUUAUCAGAAGCCAUCAGAUAGUGAAGAGAAUGCAGGGCAAUCUUCUGGACAGACCUGGAGACACCCUAAUGUUAAUAUUAAUAGCUCUUCGGAUUGCCUGGUUGCCACGUCAGCUCAUGUUUCGGGCAAAAAAACAUCACCUCAUAAGCUGGGAUUUGAUUUGCAUAAUUCUCCUUCCCCUCCAGCAUGUAAUACAUCAUCUGGACAGACCUGGAGACCCCCUCAUGUUAAUAGCCCUUCCAAUUGCUUGGUUACCACGUCAGCUCAUGCCUCUGAUACAAAAACAUCACCACAUAAGCUGGGAUUUGAUUUGCAUAAUCCUCCCUCCCCUCCUGCAUGUAAUACAUCAUCUGGACAGACCUGGAGUCACCCUACUGUAAAUAGUUCUUCUGAUUGCUUGGUUAACACACCGGCUCAUGUUUCUGGUACAAAAACAUCACCACAUAAGCUGGGCUUUGAUUUGCAUAAUCCUCCUUCCCCUCCAGCUUGUAAUACAUCUUCUGGACAGACUUGGAGACACUUUGAUAUAAAUAUUUCUACCAAUUGCUUAGUUACCUCAUCAAAUCAUGUUUCUGGUGUAAAAACAUCACCGCAUAAGCUGGGAUUUGAUUUGCAUAAUCCUCCUUCCCCUCCAACUUGUAAUACAUCAACAUGGCAGGCAAUCAUUGGCGAGCCCAAUGAUUUUGAUGAAUCAGUUUCAGAUCUGUUGGCAGAAGUGGAAGCAAUGGAGUCACUUGGUGGCUUGGAAUCUCCCACUUCAAUCAUGAAAUGUGGCGAUGAUUUGACUGAAGGUUCUAAAAAUGAUUGUCUCAGCUUUGUUGCAGACCUUGGCCCAAUGCUUGAUGCAGGUAAAGGUGAUGCACUGAGCUCCACUGGAGAUUUAAACUUACCAUCUCAACCGACAGCAGCAGAGGAACCAUUACGGCAAGCAGAUGUACAUCACCAUCAUCAAAGAAUUUCUGAUGAGCAUUCUUCAAGAAGUUCUAAAGUUGAGGUGGGUACAAAAAACACAAGUGUCUCGGGUAAUCAAUGGGAUUCAGGCUCAGAAAAUUCACCCGUUGUUCCAUCUCCUGCAACCUUGGGCCUGGCUAUAGACACCACUUGGAGACUUGGGCUAGAUAGUACACCUUUGGGGUGGAGUGGAAUAGAUCAAGGAAAUACAAAUGUGGGUUGGGGAGUAGGACAAACAGCAGUGCAGGAAACCAGGAGCUCAAAUUCAUACACUUCUGUAGUAACUCCAGGUUUUGGGGAUAACCAAACAAGAUAUGGCAGUGAUCGUUUUUCUGUGCCUAGAGAUCGGGGUUCUCAAGGUCAUGCUAGGGAAUCGGGUUUUGGUAGAAGCAGAAUUGCAUUUAACAGGCAACCGUCGUAUGGUGUUGGGAAUGGAGGCUCAUAUAGGCCUCUGCCCAAAGGGCAGCGAGUUUGUAAAUUUUAUGAAAGUGGGUACUGUAAGAAGGGGGCAUCCUGUGAUUACUGGCACCCAAGUAAUAGUGGGCAAAGUUAUCAGAAGCCAUCAGAUAGUGAAGAGAAUGCAGGGCAAUCUUCUGGACAGACCUGGAGACACCCUAAUGUUAAUAUUAAUAGCUCUUCGGAUUGCCUGGUUGCCACGUCAGCUCAUGUUUCGGGCAAAAAAACAUCACCUCAUAAGCUGGGAUUUGAUUUGCAUAAUUCUCCUUCCCCUCCAGCAUGUAAUACAUCAUCUGGACAGACCUGGAGACCCCCUCAUGUUAAUAGCCCUUCCAAUUGCUUGGUUACCACGUCAGCUCAUGCCUCUGAUACAAAAACAUCACCACAUAAGCUGGGAUUUGAUUUGCAUAAUCCUCCCUCCCCUCCUGCAUGUAAUACAUCAUCUGGACAGACCUGGAGUCACCCUACUGUAAAUAGUUCUUCUGAUUGCUUGGUUAACACACCGGCUCAUGUUUCUGGUACAAAAACAUCACCACAUAAGCUGGGCUUUGAUUUGCAUAAUCCUCCUUCCCCUCCAGCUUGUAAUACAUCUUCUGGACAGACUUGGAGACACUUUGAUAUAAAUAUUUCUACCAAUUGCUUAGUUACCUCAUCAAAUCAUGUUUCUGGUGUAAAAACAUCACCGCAUAAGCUGGGAUUUGAUUUGCAUAAUCCUCCUUCCCCUCCAACUUGUAAUACAUCAACAUGGCAGGCAAUCAUUGGCGAGCCCAAUGAUUUUGAUGAAUCAGUUUCAGAUCUGUUGGCAGAAGUGGAAGCAAUGGAGUCACUUGGUGGCUUGGAAUCUCCCACUUCAAUCAUGAAAUGUGGAGAUGAUUUGACUGAAGGUUCUAAAAAUGAUUGUCUCAGCUUUGUUGCAGACCUUGGCCCAAUGCUUGAUGCAGGUAAAGGUGAUGCACUGAGCUCCACUGGAGAUUUAAACUUACCAUCUCAACCGACAGCAGCAGAGGAACCAUUACGGCAAGCAGAUGUACAUCACCAUCAUCAAAGAAUUUCUGAUGAGCAUUCUUCAAGAAGUUCUAAAGUUGAGGUGGGUACAAAAAACACAAGUGUCUCGGGUAAUCAAUGGGAUUCAGGCUCAGAAAAUUCACCCGUUGUUCCAUCUCCUGCAACCUUGGGCCUGGCUAUAGACACCACUUGGAGACUUGGGCUAGAUAGUACACCUUUGGGGUGGAGUGGAAUAGAUCAAGGAAAUACAAAUGUGGGUUGGGGAGUAGGACAAACAGCAGUGCAGGAAACCAGGAGCUCAAAUUCAUACACUUCUGUAGUAACUCCAGGUUUUGGGGAUAACCAAACAAGAUAUGGCAGUGAUCGUUUUUCUGUGCCUAGAGAUCGGGGUUCUCAAGGUCAUGCAAGGGAAUCGGGUUUUGGUAGAAGCAGAAUUGCAUUUAACAGGCAACCGUCGUAAGGUGUUGGGAAUGGAGGCUCAUAUAGGCCUCUGCCCAAAGGGCAGCGAGUUUGUAAAUUUUAUGAAAGUGGGUACUGUAAGAAGGGGGCAUCCUGUGAUUACUGGCACCCAUGAUUUUAGAUACCAUUAGCACUGGUGACAGUUGUUUUUUGUAAUCCUUAACAUAUCUGAAGUUGGCUCAUUCCAAUUGUUGUAAUUUAACCUGACAGUAUUAGUCAAGUGGCAUAAUUUUUUUAUAUGGAACUACUCUUGCUUGAUCUA